UCAUGGGGCCUCCGGGCAAUAGGGGAUCAUGGGGCCCCUGUGUCCUUGCCCAAACUCGAAAAAGCCUAUGAAAAAGGUACCAGGAGCAUCUCAUGGGGCCCCCUACUGACCCCGGGCCCUCGAGCAGUGCCCGAGUUUCCAAAUGGUCAGUCCGCCCCUGGUUGGAACGCAUGUUCCUGCACAAAAAAUGGCAACCGUCCCAACCUAUAACCAGCCUUAGCAGUAAGGUGUACAUGGAAGGGCAAAGCACAUCGUGCGUUCCCACUAUGCUCAGGCAAUCUGUCAGGAUAGAAACCUCUGCUUAUGAAAAUGCU